AUGAAAUCCAAGUUUUACCAGCACUUGGGUGAAAUCCCCAACCCCAGUAACUGGGACGAGGAGGAAACCAAGACUGAGCCGGGGCCCUACUCCUGUGACUACGCAAUACACCAGGCUCCAGGAGAGGCCAUGUCCUUGCUGAGCGACCCUCUCUCAAUAGCAGCGCUGCUCUUUGCGUUGAGCCCCGGGGCCGACCUACCUGAUCUCCUACAUCACACACAACUCACACAGGCUACGUAUAACGAUAAGCUGCCGCAGCCUCAGUCGCAGUCACCACUCAGCUGGGCGGCUGGACAGGCAGCAGCAGCUCAGAGGGGAGGGGCCUGUUCCCCUCCCUGCGUCCAGACAGGGCCAGCGGCUGAGCUAAGAACCCAGCUUCCAGCCCCGAGCGACCAGCUCAGCAUGGUGCUAACUCUCCUACUGCCUCUGCUGGCCUCUCUCCAGAUGCUCCCCAGGCCGGUGUCCCCUCAAGACCCCGACCCGGCUCCCCAGCUCACCGUGUCCCCACAGCAGACUGUCUACGUAACUGGAGAAGCUGUGACCCUGACGUGCUCUGUGUCCGGGACGUCCAUUGUGUCCGGGGUCCGGUUCUUCAGAGGUGAUCAGGAAAUUCAACGGGAGGAACUCCCCUCACUCCAGUACAGUUACACCGACUCGAUUCAGCUCUCAGGGGUGUCUGGAUUGCGAGCUGUAGCGUACACCUGUGAAUCCUGGAAGACAGAGUCUGGGCGAGAAAUCGCAUCAGAGAGGAGCCAAUCGAUCUCCAUAGCAGUGACAGGCCCCAUCCCAGCUCCCCAGCUCACCGUGUCCCCGCAGCAGCUUGUCUACACAACUGGAGAAAAUGUGAUCCUGACGUGCUCAGUUGCCAGGGCGCCCACCAUAUCCGGGGUCCGGUUCUUCAAAGACAACCAGAAUAUCCAAUCCAAGAAACUCCCCUCACCUCGGUACAGAUACACCGACUCGAUUCAGCUGUCAGGGGUGUCUAGAGCGCAAGCUGGCGUGUACAGCUGUGAAUCCUGGAAGACAGAGUCUGGGCGAGAAAUCGCAUCGGAGAGGAGCCAAUCGAUCUCCAUAGCAGUGGCAGAUCCCGACCCGGCUCCCCAGCUCACCGCGUCCCCGCAGCAGCCUGUCUACAUAACCGGAGAAGCUGUGACCCUGACGUGCUCAGCUACAGGGGCACCUACCAUGUCCGGGGUCCGGUUCUUCAGAGACAACCAGAAAAUCCAAUCCAAGAAACUCCCCUCACCUCGGUACAUAUACAUCGACUCGAUUCAGCUGUCAGGGGUGUCUAGAGCGCAAGCCGGCAUGUACAGCUGUGAAUCCUGGAAGACGGAGUCUGGGCGAGAAAUCGCAUCGGAAAGGAGCCAAUCGAUCUCCAUAGCAGUGACAGACCCACUCCCAGCUCCCCAGCUCACCGUGUCCCCGCAGCAGCCUGUCUACGUAACCGGAGAAGCUGUGACCCUGACGUGCUCAGCUACAGGGGCGUCCACCAUGUCCGGGAUCCGGCUCUUCAGAUACAACCAGAUAAUCCACUCCAUGAAACUCCCCUCACCCCGGUACAGUUACACUGUAUCUUUUCGACUGUCAGGGGUGUCUGGAUGGCAAGCCAGAGUGUACAGCUGUGAAUCCUGGAAGGCAGUGUCUGGGCAAGAAAUCACAUCAGAGAGGAGCCAACACAUCUCCAUUACAGUGACAGACCCACUCCCAGUUCCACAGCUCACCAAGUCCCCACAGCAGCCUGUCUACAUCACUGGAGAAGCUGUGACCCUAACGUGCUCAGCUAUAGGGGCACCCACUGUGUCCAGGGUCCGGUUCUUCAGAGACAGCUGGAUAAUCCACUCCAAGGAACUCCCCUCAUCUCAGUACAAAUACUCUGAGUCAAUUCAACUGGCGGGGGUGUCUGGAUUGCGAGCUGGAAAGUACAGCUGUGAAUCCUGGAAGACAGUAUCUGGGCAAGAAAUCGCAUCGGAGAGGAGCCGACCCAUCUCCAUCGCCGUGACAGAACUGGGAUCAAUUUCUGAUGUCACCCUGACCCCCUACCGGCACCAGUUCACCAGGAUUCCUACGGCCCAUGUCUAUGGGAGGGGAAGGUGCUGCUCUGAGGUGCUCGGGCCCCCAGCAUGA